AUGAAGGCGCUACCGCAGAAUACAUACUGCAGAUCCCGUUGUCUAUCUACAAUUGCCAAACAAUGCGCUCUCUGGCUGAUAUUAAUACUUCCGGCUGCCUACGGUCUGGGCCAGGCCAAUUCGUCGGUAACAUCUUUUGAAUGUAAUGUUAGAAAGUGCAGUUUUGCGCCGUGGGCGCAUAUACAGUUUAUUCUCAAAGACACAGUGUUUAGAAAUGCAAUUACUGAGAAGUUGCGCCAUGCCGUUCAAAUUCCGUCCGAGAUGCUCGACCCAACGCCUAAUCCUGUUCCAGACCCCAGGGUCCAACCUGAGCACGACUUUUGGGACCCAUUCAGGAAGCUUCACCAACAGCUUACUGAAGACUUCCCCAGGGUAUUCUCUACGUUGCAGGUAGAGACCAUCAACGAAUUUUCAUUGUUAAUAACAUGGGAAGGUUCUGACAGUAAUUUAAAGCCGCUCAUGUUCUCAUCUCAUAUGGACGUUGUCCCAGUUAACCCAGAAACAGCUGGAGAAUGGCGCCAUGAUCCAUAUAGUGGAGAUCUAACUUGGGAUGAAGAAUUAGGUGAUAUUUUAUGGGGACGAGGUGCAUUUGACGAUAAACAUCGCAUUGUCGCCCAUUUACAGGCAAUCGAAUAUAUUUUAACGUUCGAACCUAAAUUUGUGCCAAAGCGAACCAUAAUUCUAGCAUUCGGUAGUGACGAGGAAUCCGGAGGGGUGUAUGGUGCAAGUUUUAUGGCAGCGCUGUUGCUCAGUCGUUAUGGGGAAAACGGAUUAUAUGCGGUGGUUGACGAGGGUUUCACUGGUAUCAGAAAGGUUGAAGGAGUGCUAGCUGCAAUGCCUGCAAUUUCAGAAAAGGGCAGGAUGAACUUUUGGUGCAAUAUUACGAUGAGCGGUGGCCACAGCUCAGUUCCCCACAAGGAUUCGGCCAUUAAUCUUGUAUCAAAAUUUAUUACUGAAUUUGAGCGAGAACAGUUACCGCCCACCUUCUCCCAAAAUAAUCCAGCGGCCCGCAUGUAUCAAUGUAUUGCUGAAAACUCGGUUACCCUUUCAAACAGCCUAAAGACCUCUUUUGCGUCAGCCUUUAACGAUAGCGAAGCUAGCGAUCACCUGCUUGAAUACAUCUUUUCGGCCAAUGAUCUUAGGACAGAGUGCUUGUUUCGCAGCGUGAAGGGCGUUACCACAAUACAUGGAGGUAUGAAAUCUAAUUCGAUAGCAGAUUUCGUUGCAUGGUCAUUUAACGUACGACUUGCAAUGGAAGACGACGCGGACCAAAUGGCAAAUCUAGUGCAGCAGAUGCUUUGCAGGUUUGCCCAAACGCACGGCAUAGGGUUAAGCAUACAAGGCAAGCAGGUGCUAACAAGAACUAAAAAGGGCCUUUUGCAAGUCAGAUAUAGCGCGAAGAAUGCAGCGCCGAUCUCUCCCAGUAAUGCUGUUUGGGAGAUGUUUGCAGGGACCAUUAAAGGACUUUAUGAAGAGUCCAUAUUUCCUUUGAGAUUUAACAGUAAGCACACACUAUUAGUUUUGCCCUCAAUUAUGACAGGAGGUACGGAUUCUGUCCAUUAUGAGAGGUUGACCAGUAAUAUAUACCGCUACCAGCCAGGAUUCUAUAAUGGCCGUAUAGUUGACAACAUACAUGGCCCUAACGAGUUCAUUGAUAUCAACACAUUAAUCGAAACAGUGGCAUUUGUGUAUGCAUAUAUUCAUUCAGCGCAGGAGUAA